GAACGGAACGAAGUACGAACCGACGCGGACGGGCCGCGGGCGACACCGAACUACAAGUACAACUAAAAACAGUUGAACAGUCAUCCGCGGCGAGGCUGCGUGCCUACCCUGUUUGAGGAAUGUGUGUUUAUUCGAUCCAAGCAGCUGUUAUUUAAUGUGAAUGAUUAAAUUAGUUUUACGCUGAUAGUGCCUGUUUAAAUUGCAAAAAGAGUGGUUUCGGCAACAGUCGUUAGACGUGUGUGCUCAUAUAAAAAUAAGGUCUGUUUAUGUGUGUGUGGUGGCGUGGAUCGUCGCGUAAUUAUUAACGAUGAUUCACUUGUGCGCGGGUGAAAUGCAGCCUAUCGGACUUGUUGACAUUCGUUCUGGAGGCGUAAACAAAUGAUAUCAAUUCAUAAUAUCAUGGUGGACUGAUUCAUACCGCGCCAGGUGUAAAAGUCGCGGUUACGAUGCCGUUGACUCAAGAAAAUCGUAUAGAAAACCAAUUUUCUAACAACAAUGACCAAAAUUAUCUACAUAAGAAGUUCAAAAAAAUGGCGUCGACCAUUUCAGUACUUCCAGCGGGGCCAUCAAGUUGUAUUACCAAAGACUCAAGCCCCACAGAGUCUGCUUGUGGUCCCACGAUACCUAAUGGAAGUAUAUCAGCAGCUCAUCCAGAAAUUGAAAAGAUUAAAGAAAACUACAACAGCCAGUAUGAUUUGAAAUCAGAAAACAAUGUACAAACUAAUUUUAGUGUUGAAAAUAGUAGGUUUAAUGAUGUAAAUAUUAUAAAUGUAUCUGGUAAAACCAGUUAUCCUGAAGAAUUUCUUAAUAAGACUGAAACCUUUGAAAAUGACCUCAGAGAAGCAUACACGGCAGGAGCUGGACGAUAUAUCUGCCCUUAUUGUAAAUUAUCAUGUGCCAAGCCAUCAGUUCUUCAAAAACAUAUCAGAGCUCAUACUAAUGAAAGGCCUUUUCCUUGUGUACCUUGUGGAUUUGCUUUUAAAACGAAAUCUAACUUAUACAAACAUCGUCGGUCGAGAACACACGCUUUAAGAUUACAAGGAACAGACGUUACUAAUUCACUGAACGAAGAAGAUUUAUCUGGUGGCUCAGAAAGCGAUAAUUCUAUGCCACCUGCGUCGAUUUCGGAGGCAGGAUUUGACGAUUCAAUGAUGCGUAUCGAUAACACGAGACAUGAAUUUUCGUCUCCUGAGCUGGUCAAUGAUAUUAGUGGAAAUCCUGCACUGGUAUCUGCAGCUAAUAAUAAAUCGAAAUCAAUAUAUAAGCCAAAGUUCAGAGCAUACAAAGACGAUGACAAAGAAAGAUUUAAGAGAUCUAUCUCGACAAAUGCUGAUUUUCUUACGGAACAUAUCUCUAAAAUAAUAUCUGAUAAUGAAGCCAUUGUUGAUGUUAUUGAAACCCCUUUACAAAAGAAAUAUAAUAAAAUUAAACAAAUUGCUGAAAGCAAACAAUUUUUGAACGAAGGUGAUAUAAAGUCGGAAGUUGCGCCUCUAAACUUAACAAAGAAUACGUAUGAUCUGGAUAACUUGUCUAGAAAACGAUCACAUUCGGAGAGUUUUGUACAGAAUGACGAAAUAAAACACCCACUUAAUCCCGAAGGCUCUAUAAUUAAGGAUAUAUUAUUAAAAGCUAAAUCAAACGGUGUUAAUUCUUUUAUGGUAGAAUUAGAAGACGGCUUAGGACCUAUUUAUAUUUGCCCACUCUGUCAAAUAAUUUACAGAAGUGCUGAGAAUUUGGAGGUUCACAGAUUAUAUUAUUGCAAAGGAAAUAUAACUGUAAAUUCUAACAUACAAAAAGAACCUAAAACAACAAGGCUAGAUCAAACUUUUGUAAGAAGCAAUUCGGUAAACGUCCGAUUACCAGAAAGUCCAAAUAUGCGUCACACAAACACAUCCUCAAAAUCACCACCGUUGAAAAGUAAACCAGAUAAUUUAAUUAUACUGAAGCCAGACGGUGCUGACGUUAUUGCACCAUUGCCGUCUCCAGGGCCACUUCUUGGGAACACUCGCCUUGUGGAUACUAGAGUUCCUAUUGAUUUUAACAGAAAGACAGAAUCCUUCAAAUUGAAAACAAAAGAAUCAAGUCCAAAGAGAAGAUUGGAAAGUAGAUCUGAUGUCUACAGCCCAAGAUUAAUAGAUAAUACUUCACCUCGAACUUUGGAUAAUAUGUAUGCGCAGGCAAAAAUUAGAUGCAUAGACACCUCUGGCCCCAUGAGAUCUAUAGAUGAAGCUAGACAUAACUCUACUUCCCUGCAAAUGUUUGGUGGUGAAGUAAAGAUAGUUGAUCAUUCUGGAAGCACUACAACGUUGCGUAUUGAGCCAAGUAAAAGUCAGUUAUCUCCAAUAAUGAUACAGCAAAGUCUUUCACCAUCCAAAUUUUUAAAUGAAUCCGAAGCUAGUAGUGUUGUCGUAAGGUCUGGCCUUCAUUCUGGCGGGACGAUAGUUCAUAACCCUCCGACCCCUAAAGAAAGCCAUACCACACCCCAAACUCCCAGAAUUAACGUGUCUACGGCAGCACAAGCGCAAAGUGCAGGCAUAUUGAAUAUUCAUGAUAUACCUCAUUUUCAAUUUCCUCCACUCAGUGCAAUUACGGCAUAUAAUCCACUCACACUACCCCCAUUGAGUCCCGUAAGCUCUCCUAAUGGCGCUUCUACUAUUUUACAUGGAGGAAAACUUAUCCCACAUGUCCCGGGAAUUCCAGGACCAAAUACGUCGGGAGUAUUUGUUGAAAAUGCAAAUACACAUUUUAAAAGUAAUAUGUAUAAAUCUGCCAAUAAAUCAAGUGAAGCUGUUCAGGAAAUAUUUCAUUCUCAAGUAACGGCGGCUAAAGGCGCCGUUGCGAUAAAUUAUGAUAAAAAUAUUAACAGUAGAAGUCCUAAGAUAAGAUUGACUAUCGCCGAAUCAGAAAAAUACAACCAAACUUCUAUUAUUUCAAAUACUAUAUCUAAUAUUCCGUUAAUCACAGUGAAAAACGUCGAUGAUGUAAAUAUUGGAACUAGAAAUAGUUUAUCUCAUAUUCGAUCUACAAUAUCAAAACAAGACAAUCUAUUGAAACGAAAUUCAGAAAGCAUGCAUAGAAUACAACGGCCACCGAGAGAAAACAGUAGCCCUACGAAUAAAGUAAAAAGUAAAGAUACAAAUUACAGAAGUUCUGAGAAAGCAAUCGUUGAAAAUGAGAUACGUACAUUUAAUUUUGAAAAUUUAAUAACUAAAGCGGAAAUUUACAAUAACCAGUUGAACAGUUCAGCGGAAGUACAAAAGAAUACUUAUACCCAAGAGAUUGUAAUUACAUCCACUCAAAAUGAAAGAUCUGAGACGUCUUAUUUCCAAAAAAAUUCAAUUGUUACAUCGACUUCUGAUGAAAGAAAACCAAAGUUUCUGAGGCCUUCAACUUUACCUUUGAAACCCGGCACAUUUACGCCAAAAAGACACCAUGGCAUUACUCCAAAUGCGAAUACUAUGCCUUUAGUGUCGCCUGAAACACCUCGUCCGGCGAAGGCUUAUGGACAACUUUACUUGAAUGGAAACGCAUACACUUACUUGGGCCUUAAGUGUUCAACGAAAGCAUUUUAUUGCACAAUAAACCGUCCACAGCCGACAUACGUACCGAACCAACAUUUUUUAUCAAUGUAUAGUAACUGGCAGCUACUGUCGGAGUUAACACCAGAUCCAUUAGGGCUGUCUGCUUCAUCAGCAAUGUCUCUAUACGACUCACGUCACAGACCACAAAAUGUUAGCGUCGCUCUCAUUAAACAGGAUCUCAUACUAACUCAUUCAUCACAAUGGAACACAACUUUGAAUGGAACGAAACAGACAGUACUGCCGAUAGAUUCAAAAAAAGUGGACGAUACCAGACCAUUCUCAGCCGAUUGUUCAUCAAUGCCUAAGAAAGAAUUGACUGGAGGGUUUGAGAGUAACGAAGAGUAUACAUACGUACGUGGCCGAGGGAGAGGACGCUAUGUAUGCUCGGAGUGCGGCAUUCGAUGUAAAAAGCCGUCGAUGUUGAAGAAACACAUUCGCACUCACACUGACGUGCGACCCUAUACGUGUGUUCAUUGUGCUUUCAGUUUUAAAACGAAGGGCAACUUAACGAAACAUAUGAAGAGCAAGGCGCAUUAUAAGAAGUGUUGCGAGUUAGGGAUCAAUCCUAACGAAGGAAAUGAUGGCGACGGUUCGGAAAUGAUGCCCUGUCCCGACGAUACGGAUGACGAUUCAGAAUCUGAUGGUGACGAUGGAAACGAAGCUGAAACCGAGUCCAGUGAUACAGAGGUAUUUAAAUCUCGAUUACCGGAACACGAGGCUGCCCAUUGCCUUCUGUCAUUAGGUGGCACUAGACUUACUUCAACAACCACACCUGGUUUGAUAACUAGUGCAAGGCCAUCUACUUAUCCCUACAGCCCAAUCCUUAUAGAAAACCCAUCAAAUGAAGUAUACCCAGACAAAGUAGAAGAUCCAAAAAAUAUAUCACUAGAAUCUGAUAAUAAUGAGCCAAUGGACUUAAGUAAAAGUGAUUUAAAAACACCACCUAGCACUAACGAAAUUCCAACAGCGAGAGAGUCGAGUGUUUUAGCUUCAUUAGCUUCCAAUACAGCAAAGCUUCCUCAACAGCAAAGUCAAUGGGUCAAUGGAGAGCCAAUGUUACACACAUAUUUAACAGAGAGAGCUCUUCUAGAUUCAAAAAUAAAACAAAGUCAACUUGCAAGUAGUGCAAGCAAAACCAUCAAAGUUGAACUAGAUAAGGCAUCACUCAGUGAAAAGGCGAAUAUUACAGAAGAUGUUGAAAACAUUGAUAUAACAAGUUCUUCACCACCUGCCGUUGUAAGUAGCACUGAUUCUGUUUUAGUAACCGACACAUCUAAGAUCGAAAAUUAUCCAAAAAGUGGUGAUGCACAAAAUUCAGCAAAUGCCGGUUUUGAAUCUAAAAGAUCUCAUACGCCAAACAAUUCUAACUCAGAGAACGCAAAACAAGUUGUAUCAGAAUAUUUGAAGCACGCCAGAAUAAGCCUAAUGAAGACACUGGAUGAUCCAUAUCAAAGUCAACAUGAUAAUGUUAAUGUGGAUACAAUUAGCAGUAAGGGUAAUUCGGAUGAUAAUGCUAUGAUUGAUGAAAAUUUUGAGAAUGAUACAAAGAAGUUAUCCAUAGAGGAUACAAAUGCAUCUAAAAUAGUUAUUGGUGGCGUAGCAUUUAAAGUGUCAAAGGACAAAGAUUUUGAAUCUUCAUUACCAUAUUCACCCAGUAAGUUAAUGGAUGAUGGUAGAAGAGUUUGUGAUUUUUGUAACAAGACAUUUACAAAACCAUCUCAAUUAAAAUUACACCUUAAUAUACAUUAUAUGGAAAGACCUUUUCGUUGUGGGGUCUGCGCCGUUAGUUUUCGAACGAAAGGCCAUUUACAAAAACAUGAAAGAUCAGGCUCUCAUCAUAACAAGGUUUCAAUGACAUCUACUUUUGGCGCCGCCACUUCCGUUAAUCCAAGACCAUUUCGCUGUUCAGAUUGCAAUAUAGCUUUCAGGAUCCAUGGUCAUUUAGCCAAACAUCUAAGAAGUAAAAUGCAUGUUAUGCGAUUGGAGUGUUUAUUUAAAUUACCAUUUGGGACAUUUACUGAAAUUGAAAGAGCAGGCCUAAGUUUGACAGAUAUUGAUACUACGGACUGUGCCAGUUCAUUAGCGAGUCUUCAAACAUUGGCCAGAAAGCUACAUGAGAAAGAUCCAAGUAAAUUGGAAUAUCGCGAGCCAAGUGGUUCUAUGACCACUCCUCCUGCUGGUAGGGAGAGGGAAUCUUCAGAGGAAGAAGAGAACGUUGCAGACAAGAUUUGUGAAAGUGAAAAAGAUAGUGAAUUGAGAACUAUUGCAAGUUUUAAUAGCUAUGAAACUGAACGAAAUAAUUAUAGUGCCACAGAUAAUUAAUUAGUGCCAAAUUUUUUUUAAGUAGAAUAUUUUUAUGUGCAAUUUUUGUUUUGUUAUUUUAUGGUGUAAUCAUUAUUAUUAUAGAGUUGAAACUCGGAUGCAUGUGAGAACAUUUUGAUGUGCUUUAAUUAUGGUAUGCAAACAAAACUAAUUAUAUACAUAUAUAUUUUUAUUUCAAAACAUUGUGAAUAAUUUGUAAAUAUUUCAAAGUUGUUAUUAAUAGUUGCUUCCAUAAUAAGGCUUAAUUAUAUAGUAACUGUUAAAAUAAGUCAUUCUUAAUGAUUAAGGAGUGAAUUUGUUAUCAGUUUCAUUGAAAGUAGAGGAGAGGCGUCAGAUUCCUCUUAGCGUUAUCUAAGUAUAAAUGUUGAGGUCCACAUAGUUCAAGAAAGCUUAAAUAUCAAUGAAACAUAUUAUUACUUACAAAUUUUUAAUGUCUUGUAGUAAAACUUGAUAAGAGCCGUUAUUGAUACACUUUUGUAUGUAUUUUUAUAAAAUAUAUACUUACUAUGAUUGUAUUUACAAGAAUUAACAUUCUACUUAAAAUUCUUUAUCGAUAAAAGAAAAAUUGGCAUAUCAACAUCCAUAAACGAAAUGUAAAAAACUUAAAAAGUCUUCCAUAUCGAAAAUAGAUCUUGUGCUAGAUAUUGUUUUUAAAUAGUUACUCUUGGGUGUAAAUUUGACUUGUUCUAUAUCUUUCAGUAGAAAGAUAAUUUCGUGAUUUUUAAAAUAUUAUAUACUAUAUUGUAUAAAAUAUAUAAACAAUUUGUUUAAA